UGCUUUCGUGUGUGGCGGCGCUUGCAGGAGGAGGCUGGGUUUCCCUGUCGGUCCUCUCUGUAUUUUGUUUUUCUCGGAUUCAGGCGAAAGUCGUGGAGAGACAUUGUCUCGUCUACUCUGAGAGGACGUAAGUCUGCGGAACCCUGCCCCGACGCUCUGCGCAACGCGAGGCCGAAGUUCUCUUCCCCACAAGCUUGCGAGAGGCCCCGCUUGUGUGUUUCGAGAGUUCUUUUUGACUUCGUUUCCUUGUCUUUUUCCGUGGCGUCUCCCCGCAAUCCACUGCUGGGUCGGCGGCCGGACGUGAGGGGAGGAAAUCGUUUUGGGCAGAAAAACCAGUGGCAGUAAGAGAGCCUGAAACUGAAGAGUUGCGUGCGACCGACCGCGGGGGGAGCCAGGGCGGUCGCACCCCGCGAGAGAGGACAAACUGAGUCGGCUUUCAUUUGUCGAAAAAAAGGAGGAACUUGAAAACGUUUCGUCGUUAGACUGUGCCCGGUUUUUUGGAGAUCGGUUCACCAGUGUUGUUCUCAGAGACAUGCCCCGACAGGGAAGCGAAGGCGUCUUUGCUUCUUCCACACCAGAAAUCCGCCGAAUUGCAGGGUCGGGGAGACGCGUUCCUCUGUCGUUUCGACCGUCGCUGUUUUUCAAAGGCGUUGUCCGUCUUUGCCGCUCUCACCCUGUCGUCUGUGUGUGUGUCGUAUGCCCCGCGAGAAGACCUCGUUUUGACUCCGAACGCGAACGAGUUUAGAAAGUUGAGUUGUCGGACGCGUGCGUUUCCUUGCGCUCUUUUUGCUGUGUCGUGGAAAACAGAGGCCGCCGGGUGUCCAGCAUAAUAAAAGAGCGUCGUUGUGUGGGUCCCCCGUCCUGCCGUUUUUUUGAACAGCCUUGCCCGAGUGAUCCCUUGUGUUGCCGCGCGUCACUUCUGGAAGUUUCGCACCUGCCUGAAAACACACCAGUCGCGCGUCUCUCUUUCUCUUUCUCUCUCUUUCUUUCUCUCUUUCGCUUUCUGCCGACUGCUCUGCGCCGAGUCGGAGCGCGUCGCCGCUCCGUGAGCUCUCCCGUUUUUCCCUCAGGCUCCGUUCUUCUCUCAGUCUCGCCCACACUCUCGAGGUUUCUUUCUGUUUCUCUGCAUGUGCCUGUCUCUGUGUCUCUGUCCUUGUGUGUCUGCAGCGUUCUCUCGCUCUCCCCCCCCCCCUUUGUACGUCUUCUUUGCCUGCGAGUUCAAGAUGGCGACAGCCCGUCCGUUGGUCUCCGUCUAUAAGCCGGAAGACGGAACGGCGUCGGGGACGUCCCUGAUGCCCUCCGUGUUUCUCUCUCCGCUGCGGCCGGACUUGGUGCGUUUCGUCCACACCAACAUGGCGAAAAACCGCCGACAGCCGUACGGCGUCGCGCCGAACGCGGGGUACCAGACUUCUGCAGAGUCCUGGGGAACCGGUCGCGCGGUGUCGCGGAUUCCGCGCGUCCCCGGCGGAGGCACGCACCGCGCCGGGCAGGCGGCCUUCGGGAACAUGUGCCGCGGCGGCGGAAUGUUUGCGCCGAACAAGACCUGGAGACGGUGGCACCGGAAGGUGAAUGUGACGCAGAAGCGACAUGCGGUGGCUUCUGCGGUCGCGGCGACCGGCCUGCCUGCGCUGGUCAUGGCCCGCGGUCACCGCAUCGACGAGGUACCCGAGCUCCCGCUCGUCGUUAGCGAGAAACUCGAGAAGGUGAGCAAGACCCGCGAGGCGGUGAAGAUCCUCGAGACGCUCGGCUGCACCGCGGAGCUCGAGCGGGUGCGGGCGAGCGCGAAGAAACUCCGCGCCGGCAAGGGCAAGAUGCGCGGCCGCAGAACACACAUGCGUCGCGGGCCGCUCGUCGUCUAUGCGGAGGACAACGGCGUCACCCGCGCCUUCCGCAACAUCCCCGGCGUCGAACUCUGCAAGGUCGACUCGCUGAAUCUCCUCCAACUCGCCCCCGGCGGCGCCCUCGGCCGCUUCUGUCUGUACACUGCGUCCGCCUUCAAGCGCCUGCAGCUCCUCUUUGGCCGCCACACCGGCACCGGCACCGCCCAGCUGAAGAAAGGCUACCAUCUCCCGCGAGCCUUGAUGUCCAACGCGGACCUCAGCCGCAUCGUGAACUCUGAGGAGAUCCAGCGCGUCGUGCGGCCUGCGCGCGUCGCGCCGCAGAAGAAGCGCGGCCAGAAGAAGAACCUCCUGAAGAACCAUGCCGUCCUGUGCCGGGUGAAUCCUGCGGCGCGCAACUUGAAGAUUUUGGCGCGCCUCGCCCAGACGGAAGGCACCAAGCAGCGCGCCCUGGUCCUCAGGAAGAAGCAGGCGAACCGCGAGGAACACAAGAAGCACCGCCAGAGCGCCCGCCGCUUCGCCGCAGAAAUCCGACAGGCGUUCUCCGACAAAAUGGCCGCGGAACUCGAGGCUGCUGCGAGACGCAAGGCCGAGGAAGCUGGAGCCAUCGCGCAAGCGAGCGCUGAGGAGGAGUAAAUCGACGAGGGUGUACGGGGGAGGAGACGAGAAGGGGACAGCCGGGGGGAGGGGAGGCAGAGAAGAGAUACAGAGGAAGGAGGAAGACGAGGAGUGCAGUGUGGAGUCCCGAUGAGUUCUGGUGAUCCGUGUCUGCUGUCGCGAGACAGCGCGAAACUGGGUGCGCGGCCCCACAGUCGGCCUGCAGAAGAAAGGACGAACACUCAGAGCUGAAAAUAAGUCUUCCGGAGCAAACGCGAAGCAUGCGAGACAGACGCCGCGAGAGCUGCCGCACAGACACCGAACACUGGCUGGCAGGCGCUGUACGUACACCGUGUGCCCGGGAGGCGAACCCAAUCAAUCGACUGGUCGCACUGGCGCAGGGCAGCGACUCGGUGUAUGCAGGGCGUUCGCCAGAGGAGCCGAGACAGAAAAGGAAGUAGCAGUAGAGACCAGGCAAAC